AUGGAAAGGAUUGAGAAACGCGUUCUUUAUGGCACUUCAACAAACUGUGGCCAGAUGGAGGAUCUAAUUGCCGAAUCUUUUAUGGUAGUUCAUUCAGAACCUGGUAUCACGGUUAAUCUAACCCGAAUACCACUUACGCCAGAUGAGCAGACGUGUAGAAAUCUGCAAUCGAGCUUUCGAGUCAAGAAGCGUAUAACUCUGAGGAUUGGAGAUGUUGUGGGCAUAGCAUUCGGAGUUCUCCUCCUCAUUAUUGCGGUCGAUAUUAUCUGCACCCUCCUCACACGCAGGAAACAUCAACAUGAUAGAGGUCAAAACGCUGAUAUGACAAAUGGAAAAGAUAAUCUUGGAAUUGUGGUUGUUUCUUUCAUGGCUCAAAUAACAAGACCGUUAAAAAUUCUUGAAUGCGUGAAUUACGCUUAUAAGUAUGGCGUGUACGGAUGCAUGUUCGCCCCAACCAAUACGGCCCUGGCGUACACAUUUUUCGUUCUUCUUCUUCUGGAAUUCCGCACCAAGGCGCCCGGCGCUCGAACAAUCGCCCAAUUUGUGCGCAGCCGCUUUGGUCCAAUCGCUCACAUUCUAACCAUUUUCGUCAGUCUUAUGACAAGCGUGUACGCUCUAAUGAUCAAUGUCAGUGUGGGAUCAAUGGUCAUGGUUGCGGCAAGUGAUUCAGUGGGCAGAACAGCGGUGGUCUCGCUGUCCUUCAUUCUAGUGGGUGCCCUACUUCUCAUGACGCGUCGCAAGAGUAUCGACAUCAUUCUUUGCAUCCUCGUUCCCACUAUUCUCUUCGUCGCCACUUUCCUCCUAUCCAUUGCCCUCAAAGUUGCCUCCUUCAAGCCACUUGGCUCCAUAGACAGCUUUUACAAAUUGCUUCUGUGCUUUAGAAAUCGCGAGAGAGGAUAUGAGAAACCUUCAAUUACGAGAGUUUAUGAUAAAGUUAUUCCAAAUAGUCUUAUUGAUUUUGUUCAAAAUAUCGUGCGCGUUUUCCUGGAUCAAGUGAUCUGGGAGACUUCGGUUAACCUACCACCGAAUCAUGGAAUCAUUGGGCUGUUAUUGGCUAUCCUAAUGGCUUUCUGUAUUCCCGUUGCCUUCGGAAUUGUAUGCGGUCUGGGCUUUAGAGCACUCGAGUCGGCAUUCUUCAACGAACGUCUUCUCAGUGAGAGUCAAAUCAACUCCGGUUUGAUGAUAUAUGCAGUUCCACUGGAACUAUUGGAUAAGAUUGGUAUUGUAUUGAUUUUUCUGGCGUUUUUGUUGGUUCUGGUGAUUUCCUGCAUGUUCGCCAUCUCCGGUGCCUCUUCCAUCCUCUACUACGAUGUUCUCGCAACUUACGUCAAGCCCUUCAAGAAGCACGCGGAUUCGACAACGUGUCUUUUGUGUGGUAAGAGGCGCGGUCAUUUGGCCAGUCAACGCAACAUUUGUCGGUGUCGCAGCACUCUUGAAUGCGCUGACUGCCAAGCUGAUACUCAGAUCAAAGAUGCUUGCCGGACAAGACCGUCUUCAACUAUUGUUUAUGGUUGUCGAACUCACGGAGCUUAUCGAGCAUACACAGACCAAAUGGCCAGCAGCGUAUUGCAAAUAGCCUUCACCAUUAUGGCCGCCAUGAUUCCCAUCGUCAUCAUGUUCGACCUGACGAUGAUAGUAAGUAAUAUCUACUUUGGAGUAUGCACAUCGUUCAUUGGUUGCCUCUGUCUGUGCAUUAUCUGGAAUCGUCUAACCAAGAUCGCGUUCCUUGUUGGCUACUUCGUCAACUCUGCAAUCACAGUUGUUCUUGUCUUUGUUCUUGACAACGUUCCUGGUUUAUAUGGUGAAUACUCAAGCUUUGUUGGCCUGUCUGUCGGUAUACUUGGCGGAUUCCUCCUUCCCAUCUUAAUAACCCUAUUCACAACUCGACCUCUUCCUCCUGAAGUUGCUCUAAGUGUCUGGAUUUCCGUGCAGGAGAUUGACAAUCCAUUGGUUCCAUGGCCCGAAGUUUUUACCCGGUAA